AUGAAGAAAAAAACAGUUGUAUGGUUUGAUGAUCGAGGAUAUGGUGGUCUUCGAAAUAGUGAAAGAAAAGGUCAACGUUUAGCAAUCAGUGCUCUUCUUAGUCUAAACGGUUUUCAUCUUCGUUUCUUAGAUAUUUUCAAGUGUGCCGAAGUACAUAGUAUGGACAAUAAUCCCAAAUGGCAUUACAAGCUUGCUCCCGAAUCUGAACCAUCUAAACGUGCUUGGAAAAAACAAUUAAUUGCUGAUUGGCUAACUGCUCAAAAAAUCAAAUAUAAACCUUACAUGACAAAAGUUGAGUUAAUGCAAUUAGUCUUUACUCAUUUACCACCAAAGGAAUUUAUUGUUGAUAAAGUAGCAACUAAAUAUAAUAUUGAAAUUGUUAGAAUACCAGUGAAGCAUUGUGUCUCGAAUCCUAUUGAACUUGGUUGGGCAGGUUUAAAAAAUUACGUUCAACAACAAAAUGUACGUUUUCGUUUGGACAACAUUGAACAACUUUGUAAUGAGUGA